GGGUAGAGAUUAAUGAAAUAUCAUAUUCCCUUCCUAUCCUUUCAUAUUCUGCUUCGUAGCUUCAUCACUCACCAUGACUGAGCUUCUUCCCGCAAGCCCGCUUUCAAUCUCACUCCCAGAAUUUCAUAGAUUCCCCUUUCUCAGCAACAAUCAAUGCCUAACCCCAAAUUCCCAUGUACCCUUCUCUCAAGAAUUCUCAAAAACCACUGCCACCCUUGUUGUAGUUGCUUCUUCAAUGGGUCCAAGGGUCCAUGGAAGAGGCUCAAGGGGCGGUGGUUAUAGCUUCUACAACAAUAAACAACUUGGAUUUGAUGAGAGAGAGGUGAAGAAUUUGGGCUUGGAUGGUGAAAAGGAUAUUGCCGAUAGUGAUAAUCCAUUUGAUGGUGUUGGACUCAGGGAAAUGGAUGAUCCUGUUGGGUUGGGUGCCAAUGGUGAAGGAGAAGAAGAAGAAGAAGGAGGUUUUGAAGACGACGAUGAUUUGGUUAAGGUUCAGGUUCCGGGUGGUGCUGCAAAUGAUGAUUUGAGAAAAGAUGAUGUUAAAGUUGAGAAAUUUAGUGGUAAGGAUGGGAUUAGAAGGGGUAAAGAGGUAAUUAGAAGGUCCAAUUUGUUGGCUAAGCAGGUCGUUAGUAUAAGGUCUGCUCUUAGCUUGGGGUUUAUUACUCAGCUUUGGGUUGACACCACCUCUUGGAUGGUUUUAUUUGUGGAGGUGAGGCCAAACUUGCUUUCUGGGGAUGCAGAUAAGUUCCUUCUGGAGGACAUUAGUCAGGUCGGCGAUGUCGUCCUUGUCCCAGAUGAACGCGUGAUAGAGAACGGAUUUAAAAUGGUUGGAUUGGAGACCCUGGUUGGAUACAAAGUUGUGACACCCUCCCAACGGAAUAUUGGAAAGGUGCGUGGAUACACAUUCAGCCUCAAUUCAGGUGCUGUUGAAGAACUUGAGCUUGAUUCAUUUGGACUAUCAAUUAUCCCUUCAACUUUGGUGAGUACUUACUCUUUGCUAGUCGAGGAUGUACUGGAAGUAGUAUCUGAUGCUGUUGUGGUUCGCGAAGCUGCAGCGUCGCGUAUACAAAGGCUUUCAAAGGGUUUCUUGGGCAACCAGAAUGUAGGAGUUUCUAUGGAUAAUCUUGAAGAUUAUGACUCUGAACCAUCUGUGACAUAUGGCCAAGUUUCAAGGAGAAGGAAAAGUCUUGGAAGAAAGAAACCUAAUCAAAGAUAUUGGGAUAAUGAAGAUGAUUGGGAUCUUCCAAUGGACUAUCUUUGAUUCACAUGUUUUGUCUGCUAACUCUCAUGUAGUAAUUACUCCUUUUAAUCGAAAAUAUAGUGAAGCUUUAAUAAGCCUACCAAGGAUGACACAAAAAUACCAUACCAAAUUACCAAUUGUCUUUUUUAUUUUUCUUUAUGGUGUAAAAUAGGCUUGCAUUUGUACAGUUAUUUUCAUAGAUUUUUCUUUUCAGACA